AUGAUUGGAAACCACAUCGUAUGUAGAAUUCUCGUGGACAACGAGAGCUCGGUGGAGAUCCUGUACUCUGAUUGCCUGGAAAAGAUGGGAAUCCCAGGGGAGCAACUGGAAAAAACGUCCCGGCCAUUAUACGGGUUCACAAGGGACUCAGUCAUCCCCCAAGGAACGAUCAGGCUGCCUAUGACCGUAGGAAAGAAGCCUAGGCAAACAACUACGAUGAUAAAUUUUGUGGUAAUUAAAGGGGGCUCACAGUACAACGCCGUGAUCGGGAGGCCGACCUUUCAGGCACUAAGAGCAAUAACAUUCAUCUACCAUCAAAAGGUUAAGUUCCCGACCCCCAAUGGCGUUAGAGAAAUGAAGAGCAAUCAAUACGAAUCCAUUGUUGCAUACUCAGAUACCAUACGGGGAUAUGAUCAACCAAGGAGACAUGAAGCAAGAAUGGUACAUCAGGGACUAGUUGAGGACAUAGAUCCUAAAAUCGAAAAAGAGAUUACAUGGUCCCAACCAAUCGAGCAGUUGGUGGAAAUCUGGGUAGAUAACGAGAAGCCGACGAGGGUACUAAAAAUAGGCUCGGAUUUGCCCCAAGCGCUUAAAGUUGAAGUUGAAAACUUCCUGAAGAAAAAUCUAGAUGUGUUUGCCUGGACGCAUGCUGAUAUGGUAGGAAUCGACUCUGAAGUCUUGUGCCACGCUUUGAACGCCGACCCAUCUUAUCCUCAUAAACGCUAA